CACAAGGAUGAAAAAUGGCACUUCAGUUACCGAGCAUAUCAACAAGUUGAAUUCGAUCUUAGCCAGACUUUCGUCAAUGGGCAUUAAGUUCGAUGAUGAAGUUCAAGCUCUACUACUGUUAUCGUUAUUGCCUGACAGUUGAUCCGAAACUGUUACAGCAGUUACCAGUUAAGCGGGACCUGACGGAUUCACUUUUGAGAAGAUUCGUGACCUCGUUAUUGACGAAGAUGUCAGAAGAAGGAGUUUUGUGCCCGAAAGAGGAUAAACAAGCGAACAUUGCUAGAGGAUCCGCAAGCGACGAGGAUUUGUUUAUCUGCUGUGCGGAGAGCAAUGUGGAUUCUUGGGUCAUGGAUUUUGGUGCUUCAUUUCAUGCUACCCACAGCGGUGAAACAUUGCAGAAUCUAGUUAUUGGGGACUUUGGAAAGGUACGACUAGCGGACGAUAGAGCUCUUGAUGUUACGGGCAUGGGUGACAUAGUGCUGAAGACCCCAGUCGGUUUCUGGACUUUGAAGGAUGUCAGAGUGGUUCCAGGCUUGAAGAAAAGUUUGAUUUCUGUCAAGAAGUUGGACAAACAAGGACACGAGGUUAAGUUCGGAAACGGGCAGUGGAAGGUCGUGAAGGGAAAUCUUGUCAUGGUCCGCGGAAGGAAGAGUGGUUCGCUGUACAUGGUCGAGUUACCGUCCGAGGGAGUGACCGUCCCAGUUCAGAAGAGAAACAAAGUCCGGUUCACAGAGUCUCGUGGGCAGAAGAAGGUUGUCUUUGCAAGAGAGAAAUCUAGAGCCAUAGGUCAGACUCAGGUUGGACGAGCAAGGAAAGGUUCAAGGAGGCCAGUGAGAGAUAUCUGUGGCAGUGGGAGCGCAGGUGGUGCUUCAGCCAAGGUUCCUAAAAGUCAAUGGGUCUGGAGAACCAGAGUGAAGGAAUACACAGGAGUGAGGGAGUCGUCUGCUUGGUCGUUGGCAAUUAAAAUUUCCCAUCAGGAAGAGUGGGUGAAGAUGCGCAAGAACAGUCAGAGAGAGCAAUGUCUCUCCCAUAGAGUGAGGGUAAGGGCCGACUGUAUCUCUUCAAUGGUCGGAGAGAAACCAGUUACAAUCAAAGCCAACGAUAUCAGGGUAGCCUUUGCCCUACCAGAAGCCACAGAGAAGGACUUCACUUCUCACACCUUCGACCAUGAAACGUUCUGGGUCGAAAUAAAAAAUGAGAAGCAGUCUGAUGAAAUUAAUUUCAGAGAGACAGAGUUGCGAUACAAUGUAGGCUAUGGUUUCAUGGUAGCCCACCUCUUAAAAGAGAAGAAAGUAAAAAUGCCUACUGGGAUUGAGAUUCACUUCCACACAUAUUUAUUCAAAACUGCCAUGAAGAAUUCCAAGAAGUGUGCUCCUGCUCCCAAGGCAAAGAAAAGUCAGAAGAGGCCUUCUGAGGAACCACCAGUCACUGAUGAAGGGUCUGACUCAGACAACCAACCCUUGAUCAAAAGGUUGAAGCAAGAUCUUGUUGCCAAACUUGCGAAUAAAAUGGAAAAGGGAAAAGAGUGCAGCAACACACGAGAAGUGGAAAGUGCACGAAUAGAAGAAGUCCUAAGGGAAACUUCACAUAUUGAAGAAGCUAACACGCCUCUGGAGGUGCAAUUGCAGAAGAAAUCUGAUCAACUUGAAUUUAUUGAGAAUGCCUUCACUCAAAAAUUCAAACAACUACAAGGAAAGAACAAAGUUAGGGAAGAAAUCGCAAAUAUUACAUCUGAAGAUGAAGAUGACAAAAUCGUCGAUAAACAUUCUCCAGAGGGGGAGAGGGUAGGUGUUCCUGAAACAAAACAAGCUCAACCAGAUGAUGAGCUAACGAUUCAAGAUGAAGCUCAACCAAAUGAUGAGGAGCUGAAUAUUUCUGAGGACAAUGUUUCAAUUGCAAGCAAGAUGAAACAUUCCCUGCAAAUGGAACUGUCCGAACAAAUGGAACAGCAAUGCAACAGGUUGGAAAAGGCGAUUAUGGAGAGGGAGGAAGCACAAAGAAAAGAGAUCAAAGAACUGCUGCAAUCAGGUCUAAGAGAUAUUCUAGGAAGUGUCGAAAAAGUGUCAUCAGAACGACAAGUUUUUACUGGUCAAUGCCUUGCUACUACACCUGAUCUCGAAGAAGUGAACGGAGAAUUGAAGAAGAUGAGGGAGGAGUUUGUCAAUGUGAAGAAAAUAGGAAGCUUAGCAUUCGAGAACACAAAGGACAUGCCCGGUCUUGCAUCCCAGGUAGACAUUCUCUCUGCCAGUCAUAGCACUUUAUAUUGCAUCCUCCGACAGAUUGCCGAAGCUAGAAAUGAGGAAAGAUAUUACACUAAGGAGAAAAAAUACCACAUCAAGAAAGAUAGAAGCUAUAUGAAAGGAGGGGACAUUGACAAGGAAGUACAUUAUGCUUCUUCAUCUAUCCCCAAGCCAGAGUCCGGAAUGGAAGAGCUCACUCCUCAGUCUAGAACCGAAGAGUACACUCAAGCUCAAACAAGGACGUAUCAAUUGCUGAAGCGAGAUCCGUAUAAAGGGUAUGGAGACCCAAAUUGGACAGACGUAAAGACAGAAGAAGAGUGGCGAACGCAAGGAGGAAUAAGACAAGGACAGUGGGUGCACCCAGAAAAAUACACAUCGACUAAUCUACCUCCAUGGAGCAGAGGGUUAGACCCAGCGGGAAAGACGAAACUGAUGAAAGAGCUCAACUUGACACUAACAGAUGAAAAGAGACACAAGCAAGAACUUCUAAAGGAUCUACAAUCAAUCAGAUCAACAUCAGAGAUGCUUAGAAAAAAUAAUCCUAUACCUAUAAAUAAUGUUGAUGCCAUGGAGAAGACCUUACAAACCAUGCAAGGCUACCCGGAGGCGGAGACGCCGGUGUGGAAGAUCGUGAUGGUGGCGGCGGUGGCGGCCGGAGUACAGUUCGGGUGGGCCCUACAGCUGUCCCUGCUCACCCCGUACGUGCAGCUGCUCGGAAUCCCGCACAAGUACUCCUCCUUCAUCUGGCUCUGCGGCCCCAUCUCCGGCCUCAUCGUUCAGCCCCUCGCCGGCUACUACAGUGACAAUUGCACGAGCCGGUUCGGCCGUCGCCGGCCGUUUAUCGCCUCCGGUGCCUUACUCGUCAUCGUCGCCGUGUUCCUCAUCGGAUUUGCCGCCGAUAUCGGCCACUCUGCCGGCGACCCCCUCGGCAAAACCUCCAAACCUCGGGCCAUUUCGAUCUUCAUCGUCGGAUUCUGGAUACUCGACGUCGCCAAUAACAUGUUACAGGGUCCAUGCAGGGCGCUGCUGUCAGAUCUGUCUGACGGGAGUGCUGAAAAAACGAGAAUGGCAAACACGCUAUUCUCGUUCUUCAUGGCAGUGGGAAACAUCAUGGGCUAUGCGGCGGGGUCCAACCCCCGCCUCUACGUGUUUUUCCCCUUCAGUCGGACAGAUGCGUGCGACGAAUACUGCGCAAACCUGAAGAGCUGUUUCGUGAUCUCCGCGCUCCUCUUGCUCUCCAUCACCACCGCGGCCGUGACGUGCGUCAAAGAAACCCCCUUCUCGAAGAGCAUAUACGAAGAGGACGAAACCCCAAAGGUGCCCUUCUUCGGGGAGCUCUUCCACGCGCUGAGGAAUCUCCCCAAGCCCAUGCUGAUCCUCCUCCUCGUCACCGCCCUCAACUGGAUCGCAUGGUUCCCGUUCCUCCUGUACGACACAGACUGGAUGGCCAAGGAGGUGUACGGUGGCGAGGUUGGGGAUGCCGGGUUGUACGACAGCGGCGUGCGCGCUGGGGCACUCGGACUCAUGCUCCAGUCUGUGGUCCUGGGGUUCAUGUCCAUUGGAGUGGAGCUACUCGCGCGCCACCUCGGAGACGUGAAGAAGCUCUGGGGUGGGGUCAACUUCAUCCUGGCUUUUGGAUUGUCCAUGACGGUCGUAGUCACCAAGUUCGCGGCGCACUCGAGGCGGCUCGACGUGUCGGGAAGCGUCGUUCCCCCGACCGCCGGCGUCAAGGCCGGAGCCUUGUUGAUAUUUUGCAUUCUUGGUAUUCCUCUUGCCGUGACUUUCAGCAUCCCCUUCGCUCUUGCAUGCAUCUUUUCCAGUGAUGCCGGUGCCGGGAAUGCUGGCCUUUCUCUUGGUGUCCUCAAUCUUGCCAUUGUUGUCCCGCAGAUGAUUGUAUCAUUCUUGAGUGGGCCAUGGGACGCAAUGUUCGGAGGCGGGAAUCUGCCGGCGUUCGUAGUGGGGGCCAUAGCGGCAACGGCGAGUGGGGUAUUAUCAAUCACACUUCUCCCAAAGCCAAGAUCGGAUGCCAAGCUUGUGGUGCCAUAAUUAAUUUGUUUUAUUUUCUUAAGAAUUUAUUUAUUUGUGGGUUGGAUUUGGAGUACAAAAAGAUGUUGAAGCAUUUACAUAUCAAAAUAAUGGUUAAUUGUUAUGAUGAAGUCCCAUUCAAAUUAAUUUGUUCAAUGAGGCCAAUGAAUAACUCUCCUCAUU